AUGAAUGCCCUGAGCCUGUGUUCACGCCCGAGACGGCCCGCUGCCUCGGGGUGCUUCGAGUCCCUGUUGAACGCCUGGCUGAGAGGUAUAGCUCAGGAUGGCUCCUGUCCCGCUCUCCACAAAUGGUGGCCUCUGUCUUCUUGUUUGCUAGGCAUCUUCCAGCAGUGGUUUAACCUGGACACCAAGACGGAUCCGCGGAUGCCAGCUGGAGACCUGCAGUCUCUGGUCACAAAGUUCGAGCAGGCUUAUGCAGAUUCGGUCAACGACAUCUACCAGCCCAAGGUGUGCCUGUCGGUAAUCGGAUCCUCCUUCGAGGUUCAGCAAGGUUCAAGAUCCACCUUCGGGAUCUUUGUUGGGGAGGAUGUCAAAACUCAAGCAGGCCCUGACUUGAAGGCGCUCAUUGCAUCCCACAAGCAGCAGGCGGCCUACAUCGACGCUUUGCAUGAAGAACUCCGACGCCUCAACACUCCGUCAUACCGACCUCUUGCUGCAAGCAUGGCGCAGCCCAUCGGACCCGCCUCCCCUGGCUCCUUCGCAGUGCCCAGAUCAGCUCCAGGCUACGGCGGCUUCAAUGCACCAGGGCCGAUACCGUCUUCUAUGGCACCUCACUGA